AGAUUCUAAUUGAUAUCGCGUACUGUUCUACUAGUUGAACCAAUGACAUAUUUCAUGAAUUGACACACUGACCAAUGAGCAAUAAUCAAGGUUUCAACAGUUAUUGGUUCUCGAGCCUUGUCUAACUCAAAUUCCUAUCGGAAAGUAUAAAUAAAAUCCUUUACAUUCAUUAUUGAAUAUCAGAAUUCACAUUCAUUGAAAAUAGUUGCUGAUAUCCAUUCUUUUGAUAAAGAAACAUUAUGAAUGAUAGUUUGAUUUCCGUUAAAACGAUCAAUCCAACAUGGAAUGAAAAACGUCAUAAAUUUUUAUUAAUUUUAAUAGUUUUUGGAAUGAUUUCAAAUAUUAUUCUCAUAGUUAUUGUAUUUCUAACAAAGAGUUUAAUUAAAAAAAGUUUCAGACGUUCACCACAAAAAUAUGGUGAAAUAACAAGAUCAAGUGAUAAAUCUUUUCCAACAAAACAUAUACUUCAAUCUAUUAUAUUAUCAAAAUGUUGUACAAUUUCGAACGAUGAAAAACAGUUCAUUAUUCAAUCCAAGUCGACACAUUCUUGUUGUGAAUUUGAAAUAAAUUGGGGUUGUUGUUAUUACAAGACUCAAUGUCAUAGUCAUUGUUUCUCAACUUCCUCUACAAUCACUCCAGUACCAACUACUAUAGAGUUGAAUAUUUUAUCAAGCCAUCGAAAUAGUAGUUAUGCUGAUGAUUCUGUAACAGAAAUUCCAGAAAAAUCAGAAAAUCUAUCUACUAAUUCAAAAAUAAAUUUAGAUAAAUACACUUUAAAUCAACCAUGUGAAAUAAAAUAUGAAAAUAAACCAUUUUUUCUAAAUAUAAAUGAACAGUUAACAAACUAUGAACAAUAUUCCGAUUCUAAUAUAAAUGAAUCAAAUCAAGAACUAACAAUUCCUAGUACAUCAAUACAUUAUCACCAUAGAUCUUUAUCUUCAUUUCCUAAUGAACAAACUAUUCCAGAUCUUGAACAAACUGCAUGGUAUAUUUUAUGUUUUUUAAUAGAAAUUUUAGCAUUUGCUCAAAUUGGUUAUUUACUAUUUGAAGAUCUCUUACCAUGGAUAUCAAAUUUAUUAAUAUUUCAUUAUAAUUUUAGUAUUAAAUUAAAAUUAAAUAUUAAUUGUCGUUUAAAACGUAUGUUUGGUACAUUUUUUUUAUUAUUUGAAGAAUGGUGUUUAUUUAUAUUUGGUAUUGAACGUGUUUAUAAUAUUUGUUUAUUGAAUCAUUAUGGAUUAAAUAGAAAUACACAAUCAAUUAUUAAUGAACGUAGUCGAUAUAAAUUGCAUUUAUUAAGUAUAAAAAUUUGUACAGGUUUAUUUAUUGCAAUUAUAUUUUCUGCAUUAUGUAAUUAUUUGUGGGUAUUUGGACAAUUUCAUUGGAUUAAUUCAAUUAAUUUAAUUAGUCAAACUUAUAAUAUUACAUUAAUAGAAACGGUUACAUGUAACGUAAGAUCAGAAUAUUUUAAAUUUUAUUAUUCAUUUCUUAUUUAUUUAGAUCCAUUGUUUUCAUUUAUUAUACCACAUUUAUGUUCAUUAUUAUUUAUUAUUAUUAUUCUAUUAAAUUAUUGUCUUCAAUUCAUUUGUCGACGAUUUCAAAGAAGUUCUACAAUACAAACAACUAAAAUAUUAAUAGAAGAUAAUUAUUUCAAUAGAUCAUCUGAUAAAAACUUUAAUACUUUCUAUAUCAUGAUUGAUCAUUUGACAACAAUCAUAUAUCUUCUUGAUAGUAUUAUUAUUAUUAUAUUAAAAUUAUGGCGUAAUAUUGAUAAAUCAAUAAUGGUAUAUUUUCAUAUUACAUUCAAUAUGAAUUAUUAUAUGAUUAGAAAUGAAUUAUAUCAUUUAGAAUUAUGUUUCAUACCUAUAAUAACAAUUAUAAUUUAUUUAAUAUUUCAUUAUAAAAUUAGAAAAUAUUGUUAAUAAUAAUAAUAAUAAUAAUGAAAUCUCUUGAAACUUUGGAUUAAUAUACUUUUGUAAAGAGCAAGAAUAAAGAUUCUAGCACUUUUAACAAUUUUUUCAACAUUUUAAUUAAAUAAUAUAUAAAGAAGGAAUGAAAUUUCUCAUCUUGGCUCUACACUAAUAUAUGCAUAUGAUUUGCAAUAAUGAAAUAAUACUCAUCGAGUGGAUACGUUAUGUAAUAAUUAUAUAAUAUCUCGAUUAUAAAUUGGAAGAAAGUGGAUUCAUCAUAAUCAAAGUUGUUGGAUUUUCAAAUAACUACAUUGAUUAUGAUUAAUUCUCUCCUAAUUUAUAAUCGAUAUAUAAUUAUAUAAUUAUUACACAACGUAUCCACACAAUGAGUAUUAUUUCAUUAUUGUAAAUCAUAUGCAUAUAUUAGUGUAGAGCUGUUGGGGACGAUAAAUUCCCCAAAACUCACAUUAUAAUUUUAUCGAUUAACUUAUCGAUUAAAUGUUUAAAUAUUUGAAUAGCAAUCAAUUGAUGAACUUAUUGACGAAUGUUAAUAAUUUAAAUGACAAUAUCGAUUAUAUAUUUUGUAUAUAUACGUUUUAAAUUGUUUUUGGUGAAUCGCUCAUUUUCUGGUUGUUGCAGAAUAUACUUCUCAUUUCAAGCCUGGACUUCUUCCUCUAGUUAGCUGGGGCUGGGACGCGUCAAUAGAUAGCUCACUGGUCGUUGGUCACUGAAUCUCGUUCUCGUUCGCAAACUACGUGAACCCGUGAUCUCUCUCUCUUCAAACCCUAACAAGAGCCAAGAUGAGAAACUAAUUGAGAAGAAAUUUCUUCGCUUGAUUCGUUCCUUCUUUAUUUACCAAAUGUCAAAAUGGGAAUAUAUAUAUAUAUGAUUGAAUGUACGAAGAAAAAAAACGAAAACAAAGUAUUUUAUUUGAUUGAGUUUAUUUGACUUUUUCUUUCGUUUCUCUCCUCAAUUCUAUCUAAAUAAACAGAUAUCGCCAGACUAUAA